CCCUCGGACUCGCGCUCUCACGUACGUUCGGACGUGUGUUGCGGCCGUGCUCAAUUCACGUUUCGGGUCAAGCAUCCUUACACUUGUGAAACGAAACGAUCUAAAAAAUUCGCGCGUGAAAAAUUGCAAAAGUGAUGUGCUAAACUUUAACAAUGCUGGCGAUGGAUUCUCUGUGGUGCGGGUCGGAGAGCGAGCUCUCGACGCUGAGGCUGUGCAAGAGCGCGAUAGAGAAGCAGGAAUACAGGCUCAGACGGAAGCCGUCGAAGAGUCUGAUCCCGCAGGGGCUGCUGCACGCGCACCCCGAGCAGCCGCGCGCGGUCAGGAGGCGAAGGUCCGGCACUUGGCCGAGGACAAGGUCUCUGAACGCGCCGUCUCCCAUCCACCAGUUCGGACCAUGCGGCAGAAUAAUGAAGAACUCGGCUAUGGUUAUGCAAAUCCAAGACCCGGCGUCGCAGCGGCUGACGUGGUACAAGCAGCCGCUGACGGUGCUGGUGAUCAAGAAGGUGCACGAUGCUACCAUCCUCACGCCGUUCGUACAGCUCGUUCACUGGCUCGUUCAUGACAAAAGCAUGGUAGUGUACGUAGAAGCAGCCGUCCUGGACGACGUGCUCCUGGCAGAAUACGGGGACUUCACGGCGGUGCGGGAGAAGCUGAUGACGUUCCGGGCGGGGCAAGAUGAUCUCACGGACAAGAUUGACUUCAUCAUCUGUUUGGGGGGCGAUGGGACCCUGUUACAUGCCAGUUCGCUGUUUCAGCAAUCGGUGCCCCCCGUGAUGGCGUUUCACUUGGGCUCACUCGGCUUCCUCACACCCUUCGAGUUCAACAACUUCCAGGACCAAGUCAUGAAUGUUUUAGAAGGUCACGCGGCGUUAACGCUCCGAUCGCGACUACAGUGCGUGGUGCUCCGCAAGAGCAAGAAGGACAACGAGGGCCGCAAGUGCAUCCUCGUGCUCAACGAGGUGGUGGUGGACCGCGGCCCCUCGCCAUACCUCUCCAACAUCGACCUGUUCCUCGACAACAAGCACAUCACGUCCGUGCAGGGCGACGGCUUAAUAGUAUCAACACCGACAGGCAGCACAGCGUACGCGGUAGCGGCCGGUGCUAGCAUGAUCCACCCGUCCGUGCCCGCCAUCAUGGUGACCCCCAUCUGCCCGCACUCGCUGUCGUUCAGGCCUAUAGUCGUACCCGCGGGGGUCGAGCUCAAGAUCGCGCUAUCCCCGGACGCGCGCAACGCGAUGUGGGUCUCGUUCGACGGCCGCAACCGGCAAGCGUUGCAGCACGGCGAUAGCCUCUACGUAACCACCUCAGUGUACCCGGUGCCAUCCAUAUGCGCGCAGGACCAGAUCUCCGACUGGUUCGACUCGCUGGCCGAGUGCCUCCACUGGAACGUGCGCAAGAAGCAGAAACAGAUGGACGAGCUCAGCGACAUGACCUACUCCUCCAGCGACAACCUUGAGGAGUUGGAAAACAACGAGCGGCCCGCGGACACGUGACCUUAUAGUAUUACGGUGGAAUGCGAGUUGGCUUAACACAUUCCUUUAGAGCACCGCCAGCGCUGUUUUAUUCUUGGGCCUAAGAGCCACCCCACCUAACGUAUCUCGAGCGUCGGCGUCUAGACAACUUUAUGGCUGCUGCUCGAGGUAACGUUGGCUCAAAUGCGCAGCGACGCCAUUUUCCACAGCGCUGACUAGACGCCGACGCACAAAAGACGUGUGGGGUAGCCCUAACGUAAACGGCAUCUUAGACUGCUUUGGGGAGGGAGGGCCAGCAAACCUGCGAAAAUCCAUAUAGUUUCGUCUAAAGCUAAGUUGACGAUGUGUUGUGAAUACCACACAGCUAUCUUUGCUGGUAUAUAAAUAAAUUUUAGUUGAACCAGCAUUUCGACAAUGCUGAGCUAGCUAUGCAUCUCGAAUAUAAUUCAUUUAGGGAGAUUAAACAAAUGUUACUCAAAAAUCUCGAAUAGACCAAUUUCAAAAAGCUACGUGAAAAUUACGUCUAUGAAUUUAAAUUAGCGCUGGCGGGCGUGUUUUUUUUUUUAUUUAUUUAUACGAAAUCACAUCGGCGCAUUAUUUUGAAAAUGCAACGAGUGUUUUGUUUUUACAAUCUCCUUGGAAUGUGAAUGACAUUGCAAUAACUUUGUAAGUACUGUGCAAUAUAAGAUUUUUUUCAUAAUGCGUUGCCACGAUCUGCGAUUUGUGUGUUGAUGCAGUUUACAAGCUUUGUGAUAGUAUUUUGAAAUUGUAUUUUUUGUUUAAAUUGAAUUUCCCGGCAUUCCUUCGGACAAUAAAAAUGUAAUUCAGUUAUGUCUUCAGGGAUAUGUUCUUGUUAUGUUUUAUAGUGAAACGGUCGGUUAAGGUUCGGAUUUAAGGAAUGUUUGUUCCGAUAACUUAAUUAGUGAGUACUUAUUGUAGAUAUACCAUCGUUGUACAAGUGCCUUGGCCGCAUAGUGUUUUGAACGAGGCUACAAACAAAACU